GUUGUCGCCCCGGACGUGCUUCGUCGCCGACAAACAAAUCCCCCGCCAUUCGAGCGAGCGAUGAGGUGGUGAGGAAGGGGGAGGGGGGAGGUGCAGCGAUUGCAGACGCCACGCGCGCUCCGCGGGCAAUAACCCCCAAGCGCACCGUCGCUCCGCGAGCAGUCUGCCCUUUCGCGCUGUUUACAUCUGCGCUGCCACACGCGCAUUUUUGUAUUUUUUAUUACCGUCGUUCCCCCCGAGGCCCCGACUCACGUAAGCCAGCGUUCUUCCGGCCUUGGUUGAGGGGUUAACGCUCCGUGGAGCGGCGAUCAGGGUCCGGCGGCAAUCACACGCGCGCUGUAUAUCUCUCUCCUUGUCUUGUCUCGGGCCGCGGGGCUCGUAGUGCCGCCCGGUGGCAGUCGCGACGUCGCGACGGGAGGAUGAGGCAGCUGUGGUGAAGAUACAACACAACCCCCUCCCCCCCCCCCGGCUACACACGAGGAACAUGCUGACGGACUGCAAGGAGUGCCUGGGGCUCCGCUACCGGGUCAUGGGGCCCAAGGACGUGUGCGACGACCUGAAGAGGCACCACGGCGACCUGAAGCUCGAGCACGGCGGCGACCACCGGCUGGGGCAGCCGCCGCCGGCGCUGUGCGGCGACCCCGCGUCGGGCGGCCUGGGCCCGCCCCCACCGCACCAGCAGCAGCAGCAGCAGCAGCAGCAGCAGCAGCAGCAGCAGCAGCACCCGGGCGACGGCGACAAGCCCGCCAAGCAGAAGAGGCACCGCACCCGCUUCACGCCGGCGCAGCUCAACGAGCUGGAGCGCUGCUUCUCCAAGACGCACUACCCGGACAUCUUCAUGCGCGAGGAGAUCGCCAUGCGCAUCGGCCUCACCGAGUCUCGCGUCCAGGUGUGGUUCCAGAACCGCCGCGCCAAGUGGAAGAAGCGGAAGAAGACGACGAACGUGUUCCGGACGCCAGGGGCGCUGCUGCCGUCGCACGGCCUGCCGCCCUUCGGCUCCAUGUCGGACGGCCUGUGCUCUUCGGGCAUGUUCGGCGGCGCCGACACGCGCUGGGGCAUGUCCGGCAUGACGUCAGAGGACGUGUGGUGCGCAGGUCUCGGCCAGCUGGGGCAAGGGGGCGUGUCCAUGGGCGGCUUCAGCCAGUCCCUGGGCCAGCUGAACCAGGGCUCGGCGCUGGGCCCGUCGGGGCUGGGCUCCGGCCUGCCCAUCUCCUCCGGCAUGGCGUCCAACGGCUCCACCGUCUACCAGGCGCACUACGGCCUCAACACGCUAGGUCCCGAGACGCCCUCUUCUAACGACGGGUCCCCCUCUCACCCCCAGAUCCAGUAUUCUACGGGCAUGACGGAAGCGACGCCCUCAACUGAGCAGCACUCUCAUCACCACCAGCAACAGCAGCAGCAACAGCAACAACAGCAGCAGCAGCAGCAGCAGCAGCAGCAGCAGCAGCAGCAUGAAGAGGGGUGGUGGCGGGGGCAGAGCAUCGAGGCGCUGCGGCGACGCGCGCUCGAACACGCCAACAUGGCGGCCUACGACUAGGAGGUCAGGAGCGAGACGGAGCGCUCCGUGCGGCUCGGAGGUAGGAGUGAGACGGAGCGCUCCGUGCGGCUCGGAGGUAGGAGUGAGACGGAGCGCUCCUCCCCUCCCCCAGUGCUCAGCCUCGCGCGCGCGCGCAUGCGCCGCCGGAGGGAGGAUAGAGACAGAGAACGUUGCCCUCGCGAGAGCGCCAUAGUGGGUGGGUGAGGGGCGGGCGACCACACUGCCCUGCGCGUAGCGGCGUACAGUCGCUGCAUCGCUCCUCACGCUCGCAGCCGUUCCGCGGGGAGCAGGACAGUCCGCUUCGAACAAACUCAGCGAGGGCUAAGUGUGUUUUUAUUUUUGAACAUAUUCUUUUAAAUAAAUUUGGAAAUUGAUACCUGUUACUUGAUGUUUACAUUUCUACAUUCUGUGUUCCAGCAGAUAGUGAUACGAAUCGCUGUAUUGGUCUUAGAACGUCAUCAAGCUUACAAGCAAGCAAAUUAUUGCUUACGAGCGAGCUAGAAAAAUAUUCAACACAUUUCUCUCACUUGGUAUGAAUGUCCAGUGUUUCCAUUAACACACACUUUUUUUUAUCUAUUUUGUUUAUUUCGACAGUUGUGAAAUGUUUGUAUUACGGACUGUGCAAGACACUUAAAAUUUUGCAAAUCGACAUGGUACAAAUUUACACGACUAAUGCUGCGCCUAAAAGACUGAUCCACAAGGAUACGCCUAGAGGUCGCUUAAUUUAACUCAUCAAAAUGUUGUUAAGAAAUGAAUCUUAUUCAAUUAUUGAGGCGAGUCCUACCUAUCAUUUCCUUACACAGCACCAUCACUUUAAAAAAACCAUUUAUAUUUUUAAAUAAAUAAUACAAAUAUUUAACACGUAAAACGUAUUAAACGUUUGCAUAACAAUUGGUUUAUUAUUGUGUAACAUUCCGUAUUUUUGUAGAGUUAGCAGAUAGGAGUAAUACAUUUUUUUAUAUCAUACCCUUUGUUUUGAUUUCAAAUGCAGUUUUUUUACCUUUUCAAAUUCGAAAUAAGCAGAUCCACUCCAUAAGAAUUUUUGGGAAUAUUAUAAGUUUCAUUUUGGGCAAGUAUAGUUGCAAAAUCAUCUUCACGCCUUACUAUGUAUAUUUAAAAUAUUUUUACUGCUCCCCCUCCCCUAAUUAUCGAAUCUAUUUUUGAAUUAUUAAAAUACUAUAAAGUAAAGACAUUCAGGGAGGUAAAAACUGGCAGGGUAGGCCUAUAAGAAAAAUUUAAGCAAUCUGAAAUCACAGCUAGUGAACAUUUUUAUGAACGAUAUUAUGUCUUCCAUGUUUAUGCCCAUCACAUUUGAACUUCUGCAUAUAAAUCUACGCCAUUUUUAAAUUUAAAAAAAAAACUUUGUUUUACCAAGCUAUUCUUAAGAUGUAUUCUUAAGAAAAUUCAAAUAUAUUCAAUAUGUAUGGUAAAAAAAUAUAUAAAGCUCUUCUGUUUUAAGUUUAUAAAUAUUAUACUUACAUCAACAAUAUAGUUUAAAUUCAGUAUUAAUAUUAUUUAGUGUGUCUUUUUACUUUAUUUACUGUACAAUAUAAUUUAUGUUGCUCUACUAAGUACUUUUUGCUGAGUGAAUAAUUUAUUGUUUGCGUAAUGUAUAGCAUACAUACAUUCUAUUUUUAGUUUUUAAUGGCCUAAUCCUACUGGCAAAUGGCCGUUGACUCUGCAAAGACACCCAUAAACUUAAUGAGUUAUUUUGAACACCGGGUUUAUUUUGUUCGUAUUUUGUGACCAAACCUUUAACUAGCAAAUUUUAUCGCCAAUGCAAUAGUAGGAAUGACAAACCUAAGGUUUAGAUUCAAAUCAAUUGUAAAGAUCAGCAUGUCUUCAUUAGAAAAUGUAAUCGGUGGUUUCAAUCAUAAAUACCAAAUAUACUGUGAUUUCUGUUAUUCCAUAUCAAUAUAGGCCUAGUUGGAGUAUUAAGUAAGUGCACUGACAAUAAUUUAAUUUCAUCUGUCAGAAUGACAGUCAGUGAAUUAAACCACAGAAUUUUUUCUCUAGUUAUUGCCUCAGUUUUCACUAUCUGAAAGUGAUUUUAAAAUAUAGUCCUAAUUUUCUUUGUUAUAGUAUCUGAAAACGUGACUAUCACUCGAGAAAAAAAAUAGGAAUGAUAUUACAUUUGGUUUGUGUUUCUAUAUAUCGUCUAAUUAAUUGUUUCUGAUAGCCAGACUGUGUGUUUCACAUGAAAAAAUAAAGUCACUUCAAGCUGUUCCAGAACACAGUAUACGACCGCAACGUACAAACCAUAGACAGUUGAUACAUUUAGGUGGUGCUUCUGCUACACAAUUUUGUGCAAAUCCGUGACAAAGUGAUGCGACGAAUGUACUCAGAUGUUAUUGUAACGUAAUUUUUUUAUAUCCCGAUACCCAAAGCACAAGUAAAAUGUGAAAUGAAAGAGUUGUGCAAUAAACCUACACACGCCAUAUUUAUGUUGUAUUUGGGAAAUGAAACAGUGACCUACAACUUGUGUUGUUAACAAUAAUUUCACUUAAAUAAAUGAGACUGUAACAACUACAAGCUACAAAAAUGAUAUAUCACUGCUCAAAGUAUUCUGAUUUUCCUAUCACAACAAUUCGUUUUUAUUUUCACUCCAUUGUAUGCCUAAGUUGUACUAAAUUUAUAUAAACAUGAUUAAAUGUGUUUUCAAAAAUGAAUGUCUAAAGCUAUCAGUAAAGUGUUAAAAUGCAGUUCCAUAAAACAUUUCUUUUUUUUGUUUCAAUUUACAAUUAUCGAAUGAACUUGAAGAAAAGAUGACAGUCGAAGCUUAUAAUUAAAAGCAAUAUCAGAACGCCAGUCGCCAGCGUAAUAUUUAAACUAAUUAAUAUCAUAAGGACAGAAAGAUUUAAGCCUGCGUCAAUUAAUACUACUUUAAUUUUGACUGAACCACACAUUUGCAGCUAGACUGUCAUCGCAUUUUCGAAACCUUAACUAUUUUCGUCUGGUUCAUUUGUAUCAGCAGUAGGUAAAGUUUGUAAACUCGUUCUGUUAUUAUUAGGCCUAAACUGUUUGCGGUGGAGUCAAUGUUGCUGAAUGGAACUGGCGAGGAUAUUUACUUACCCAUGAAAGAUCAAUAUUACAUAAGCUCACUUAGCUACAAAAACAGACGCUCAUUUUUUUUCUGUAGCUUUUGUUUUUUGUUGACAGUUAAAUAACGUAGGAAUUCUUUUUUCAAUAUGUGUGUGCUCAAUAAAGUUUGCUGAAAAAGCUUAUUUCAGUUUAAGUUCCUGUAUCAAAUGGCACCUGAAUGGUGGUUCAGCUAAAAAUGUUUUCAUGAUUUGAUGUGAAGUUAUAAAUAUCCAUUUUUAUUAUAUUGUAAGAGUAAUCAGUGAUCGUUGGUUCUUUACCUAUUAGAUACUUAUAUUUUUAAAACAUACACGAUUUAUUCGAAGCCACCUCAUUAAAAAAAUAAUAGGAAAUGUAUUAUCAUCUGAUAUUUUCGACAACCCAUUUAGCUUGAAUAUAAAUUAACUAAUUAGCGCUCCAUCACACCACUUAAAUUUUUUAAAAAAUCUUACUUCUUUCUAAAGAAGCACAGUAUAACAAAAGUUUUUUACGAGAACAUACUCUCCUGAAAAAUAAACAAAAUUCUAACAGUUUCAUAUUAUUUUAAUAUGAAAUAUUUGUUUUGAAUUUACUUCUCAAUAAACUGGUAAAAGAAUGAAUUCAGAUUAUUUUUAUAAUUUUUUAAGGUGGUUUACACUUCCAAUGAAUUUAAACUUGUAAUCAUAUUGAAUUCAUCACUUAAUUCUUAAAUAAUAAAUACACGCCAUUUUAUUUGAGAUCCUUUCUCCAACUCCAGAGACUACUUCGUAAUGAGAACAAAAAUGUUAUUGUAAAAUUAAUGUUAUUCGAAAACAAGGGCGAUUUACCCAUUUAUUUGUUUAGAAACUUGUACUUUUCUAGAUGUUAUAAAAGCAAAUAUUUUAACUGUUGCUUAUCAAAUAAGUAGUCUAGCACAGAACCAAUGUUUGUAAAUAAAACAUGUCAGCUAUUGUGUAAAUUAUGUUUUUUUUAUUUGUGUGAUAUUUUGGAAAUUAUUUCGAAGAAGUGUCACUAGUUGCAGGUGCGAACUGUUUCGUGCGGUACACUAUAAAAGUGAAGUCAACUCUAUGAGCAUAAACCGUAUACGUCUCUUGUUAUGAGAACUUACCAAAAAAAAAUUGCAAGAAAUGUUGAGUGUGUCAGAGUGAGUCAGAAGUCUGUGAAUAAAAGUGUAUUGUAAAAUGUAUUAAGGUCAGUAAAGUAUUUUGUCGAGCAUACCCUGUAAAAGACGAAUUGUUUUACACGUUUGGGUCGUGCAAUAAAAUAUGUACAUAAUUA